GCAAUGGAUACAGGCAAGACUCAACCUGUGGAAGCCGCGAUGAACAGCUGAUCCUCCCGCAGUGGAUAAAACCAAUCACCAUGGUCACCGCCAAGUCAUGAUUUCUCAUCCCACGCGUGGCACUAUGUGAAUAGUUAUUGGAGAAGUAGACAAAGGAAAAUAACUAAAAGGAAAGUAGAGUGGAGAGAGUGAAGGAGUGUUUUUGGAGCGUGUUACUUUUUCACGGUUUGGACCUGUUGAUCAUCAGUGUGACAGACACAGUCUACCUGCCGCUGCCUGCUCUGCGCUCACCGACCAUCAAUUAUGUUAUUGUCAAGUUUUCUUCUUUUCACUUUUUCUCACUUUUUGGCGCCCCUGUUUCUCUGUUACCUGCCUCAAGUCUCCGCACAGAAGGCUGGUUCACGGUGGUUGAUCGGAGACAGAGACAGUCACUGUGCGGUCAUCUGCUCACGGACACAGGGGAAGCCUGUGUGUGGCUCGGACGGGCGGAGCUAUGAGACCAGCUGUGAACUGCAGAGGGCGCGCUGCAAAGAUAAAACACUGACACUGGCAAACCGCGGCCGGUGUCGAGGUAAAAACUGGGUGAAAAUCGAUCAGUUGCCGGCAGCUUCAGCACCAACUUCCACAUCUGAGGGGAGAGACCUGGAGCUCAAAGAUGCAGGUCAGUCCAAGUGUCGUGUUGAGAGGAACCAGGCUUUGGAACAAGCCAGGAGACCUCAGGAGUCCAUGUUUAUCCCAGAAUGCAACGAGGAUGGAACAUUUGCCCAGGUCCAGUGCCAUACUCUGACAGGUUACUGCUGGUGUGUCACCAGUGACGGCAAGCCAGUGAGUGGCUCCUCUGUGCACAACAGGACCCCGGUGUGUUCAGGAAACUUCCGUGAAUUUAUGGGAACUCAUGCAGAGACAAGUGGAUUGUCAGGGUCAGUAACCGAUAAACCACCCAGUCCACCGAACUCUGGCAGAAAAGUCUCUUUCCGUUUCUUUCUCACCCUCAACCCAGAUGAUGGCUCCAAGCCCACACCCACCAUGGAGACUCAUGUUCCCCCAGAGGGUGAUGAGAUAACUGCUCCAACGCUGCGGAUAAAACAGCUGGUUAAUAAGGAUAAGCAGAACAGCUCCACUUCCAGGAAGCAAGAGAAAGUUCCCUCUUGUGACCAGGAGCGACAGAGCGCACUGGACGAGGCUCGGCAGAAUCCUCGUGAGGCCAUUUUCAUCCCCGACUGUGGGCCCGGAGGCCUUUACAAACCGGUCCAGUGCCACCAGUCCACAGGCUACUGCUGGUGUGUUCUGGUGGACACGGGACGGCCCAUUCCUGGAACCUCCACCAGGUACAGGACGCCGGAGUGUGAAGAUGUUACAGGAUCUCGCGUCUCAGACACAGAAGAUCCCUUCCAAGGCAGAGACCUGACAGGCUGCCCAGAGGGGAAGAAAGUGGAAUUCAUUACAAGCUUGUUAGAUGCCCUCACCACGGACAUGGUGCAAGCUAUAACCUCACCAGCCCCCUCUGGUGGUGGGAGGUUUGUUGAGCCUGAUCCCAGUCACACUUUAGAGGAGAGGGUGGUGCACUGGUACUUCACCCAGCUAGAUAACAACGGCAGCCACGACAUCAACAAGAAGGAACUCAAGCCGUUUAAGAGGUACCUGAAGAAGAAAACCAAACCCAAGAAAUGCGCCCGCAAGUUUACAGACUACUGUGACCUGAAUAAGGACAGGGCCAUUUCCCUGCAGGAACUGAAAGGCUGCCUGGGCGUCAGCAAGGAGGGUAGCUCAACAACAAGUGGCAACCAAGGGACAAGGCAAGGGACAAAAUUGUUCAUAGGUCAUCUGGUGUGAGAAGCGAAGGAUCCAGAAGCUGAGACGAGAGCAGAGGGCACAGAGGGAAGGCAUCUGUACGCUUGCUGACAGGAAAGAGAAAGAUGAAGCAGAAAAAUCAAGAAGUUCAAAAAAAAAAAAAAAAAAAAAAAAAAAAAAAAAAGGGAACAGAAAACAAGACAAGAAAACGAAGCGGCGCCAAAAUAUUUGCACUUUCUCCUCCCUAUGUUUGACAUUUUAUCUGUUUGUAUGUGUUUUCUUUUUCCUCUUGAAGUGACUGAACAGGUCUAGGUAAGAAUGAGAAUAUAUUUGUAAAAAGAUGACAGGCUCACCACUGGAUGAUGUGUAUGUUACCACAUUUCCCCUUGUGUUUUAGUCUGCCGUUGUGAUUCGUUCUGUCCUCAGAUAACAGGAACAGGAACUAUCACACAUUUUGUGGCUAUUAAAUUCAACUUACAUUUCCCCUGUUAACAUAUAGCAGCACACAGGCCAGUGGUAAAUCACUAAAGAGGAGCUUACUCUGAGUCACAUUCAGCCCAAAUGUUACUACGUAAAGAGAAAGUCAAAAGGAAGAGCUAUGGCAAUGUAAACCAAUUUAAACGAAUGUGUAAUGUUGUAUGUGAGCAUGCAACAUUAAGUGAACAGCAUGUAUUAGAAUUAACAUGAAGUCUAAUUUAUCUGCACAUAAUUAGCUGUAUGAAUCCCCUUGCACUGUACAAACGCUUCUAGAUACAUUAACAUUUUGGCUUAAGAAUCAAACCUUUGUGAACAAUGUCCAAGAUGUGUUAUGUCUGUUUUUUGUUCAGUACAUACCAGUGUUGGGGAAAGCUAGCUGUAACUAAGUAAUUACUUUAUUUGCUUACCACACAGUUCCUUAAACGUGUACUUUUUGUGCAACCCAAAACCAUUAUGUUGUAUGUAGUUUUCUCAGUUCUCAGCAUGUUGUCUGCACAAGAUGCCUGCUAAUAAAAAAAAUUAAAUAAUUAUAGUUAAGAAAAAAAACAUUUCAAAAAGCAAAUAGUAACAGAUUGUGAGAACUGAAAGAUGUGUAGCAGUUAUCAGUAAUAACAAAGGUAAUAUAAGUACUUUUAACGUCACGCAUCCCCCCAACAUUGGUACAGUACAUAUACAGUCCUAGCAGUAUACUAACACAGCUUAACACUGUAGUAUACAGCAGGUAAAACAUUUCUACAUGCAUGUGGCAGUAUGAACAUAUUAAAGCUGCAUUAAUUAAUUUUUGACCACUAGGAGGAAGAGGCAUUCCAAAACUAGAGACCCUGAACGGUUAUUGCCUCAUAGUUGUUAUGGCUAACAUGGCUAACAUGUUAGCAAUGAGUUGCCUCCGUCCAGAUGUAGCCAACACAGAGCAACAUUAUCAUCCCAAGUUCAAUAUUUACUGUCUUUUUAGCUCAUUUGGUCUCUCUCAACUCCACAAACUAUCUGGUUCUUUAGCUGGUAAAUGCUCCUCUGUGUUCACCAGCUAGUUGCUAACUUUGUCUGUCUGGUGUUUGGUGUUGGGCAGAUAGCGUAUAUUCGGUUUAUCACAGCUUAUUUGCUGAAAACAGCUUGAUGAGAGCGCUGAGACCAAACUACAUAGUAAAUGUGCCAUAAAAACAAUGAGUUAAAAGAGCUGCAGAGUUGGGUGAUAAUUCUCUCAGGGCCCGUACGAGAGACUUUCACACUCCAUUUGAUUGAAUGUUGAUAUAUAAAAAAUUGAUUAAUGCAGCUUCAAGUUCAAACCACAAUGAAGGCCACUGGUUUACACACAUCUUUUGUCACGCUGUUGUUCUAUGUGUAAUUUUAUGUCAAGUUACAACUCAAUCUGGCUAGUUUUUAUUACUCUUCUAAAUUAAUGUUACUUUUCAUUUUCUACAUAAUCAAACCUGAAAAACAGUCAACAAGUCUGGUAUUUCCAGUAUGUUAAUGGUGAAUUCUGGAUGCUUUUGAAUUUUUCACAAAGUGUUUGGUGAUCCAUCGGGCUCUACUGGCUACCUUUACAAAUUACAACAACAUCCACAAAUCUGACAAAUACCCCCUGGUGGGGAUUUUAUUUUUCCAAAACAGAUUACAGUCCAGAGAAUGAGUUUUAAGUAUUCUUAAUAGCAUCAUGAAAAAGAGGUGGCACAGAUGACUAACCCAACCAGUAAAUGUAGUAAGUUGUUUACAUGGCUCAGUAUCCCGUUAACAUCAGCUCAUUUCAGCUGUCAUAUUCACGUUUAUCCCAGUUAUUGUUAACAAGAUGUGGCAUUUACAAAUGCCAGUUCCUAAAAUAAAUAUUUGACUCUCCCCAGUAA